AUGGCUAACCUCCCCGUAGUGGAAGACUACAACUCCGAGACCGACAGCGACUACAAUAACUACUGGCGCGACUGGUUCAUCUCCGCGCGCGGCCACGAGUACUUCUGCGAGAUCGACGAGGAGUACCUCACGGACCGCUUCAACCUCACGGGCCUGCAGCAGGAGGUGCAGUACUACCAGUACGCGCUCGACCUAGUCACCGACGUCUUCGACUUCGAGUGCGAGGACGAGGUGCGCGAGCAGAUCGAGAAGUCGGCCCGGCAUCUGUACGGCCUCGUGCACGCUCGGUACAUCAUCACCACGCGCGGGCUCGCCAAGAUGCUCGAAAAGUACAAAAAAUGCGACUUCGGGCGCUGCCCCCGCGUGCUCUGCCGCUCGCACCCGCUGCUCCCCCUGGGGCUCUCCGACAUCGCGCAGCAAAAGUCGGUCAAGCUGUACUGCGCAAAGUGCGAGGACGUGUACUCGCCCAAGUCGACGCGCCACGCGGCCAUCGACGGCGCCUACUUUGGCGCGUCGUUCCCGCACAUCCUCUUCCAGGUGUACCCGGGGCUGAUCCCGCCAAAGUGCAACGAGCGCUACACGCCGCGCUGCUUCGGCUUCAAGACGCAUGCGCAGGCGGCGCUGGUGCGGUGGCAGGAGGGCGAGCGGGCGAGGCAGGAUGGGAGGUUGCUGGAGGCCGGGGUCGAGGUGAAGAGGGUGGAGGGCGGGGAGGAGGAGGAGGAGGAGGAGGAGAGGUAG